CCAAGAGCACAGCCUCCACACAGAGUAAGGACGCUUGGUUUUCUUUCUUUCAGGGAGUAAAGCUGCUGUCUUAUCUGAAGUGAAGCGGCCUCACGGAGCUUUCUACUCACACAAGAUGUCGGAACGUUCUGUGAACGACCACCUCGAAGGGAUUUUAUCAGAUUUUGAAGCUCUGAAGAGAUCCUUUGACGAUGACGAUGACAUACCAUCCUUCUCCACACCUUCCCCUGACUCCACCCCCCUUUCUCCCUCUUCCUCCCAUUUCUUCCUCAACCACAAUAAAGGCAGUGAUGGGCGGGGAGGAAGUGGCCAGUCUCCUUCAUUAGCCUUCAACAACAACAACAACAAUAGCCUGAGCUCUACAGCCCACCACUCCUGUAUCAACCCAAGUUCCAAUCCCAGCCCAGUGCUCAAGUCCCGUACCAUAGUCAGCAGCCUGUCCUUCACCCGGGGAACCAUAAAAAAGCCGGCCAUACACAACAACAUCUCCUCAGUGACCAGAGCUGCAUCCUUCCAGAGCAGGUUAAAUCCCAACAGUUACUCCAUGUUGUCUGGGCCAGGCAGUGACAAUGACAGCCUUCAUAGCUCCACGUCCAGCCUGGAGUACUCUGUGGGGGGUGGAGGUGCUCUCCCUCUUACUAGGCUGGGGGUUUAUCCUUACACUCCUUCACAGGUGGAGUACCACCAAACUCAGCCCCAGCUCACACAACAGCACCUAGAGAGAGGUGCCAAAUUGGGAAGCCCCCACAACCUGAAAAAGUUCUUCUCCCAUGGGAGUGUUUUCAACUCUGAGAUGGACCAGGGGCCAGGGAUGAUGCUGGGUGUUCCAGAGCCUCGGGAGGUAAACCAUGGCUCCAUGCCCAGCUUAGACCUCCAAAUUCAUGAUGGAGGAGGAGGAAUCAUGAGUAUGCAAAAGGGUGGAGGAGGAAGCACAAUGUCUCCAGGGUUAAGAUAUGCCAACGCUAAUGCCAACUGGAAUGGUCAUCUUCAUAAGUCCAGUUCCUUUGGGGAGGAGGGCUACUGUGGCUCCAAAAAUCCCAGCCAGCAGCAAGGGCCCCAGGUCUUCAAGACUUCCCAGCCCAAAUCCGUGGAGAUGCCACGUUUCAACAAGUUUCCUUUGAAUCUGGACAGCUUGGUAAGCAGCACCUCAACCACUUCUCCCACCAAGGCUCAAAGAGGAUUCAUGAGCCCCAACCCUUCCAAGCCUCCUCCAAGGGACAGAGGAGGCCUCCAGCACCAAACCGGCCCACCAUCCACUUCGGCCAGCCCUUCAGCAUCGCAAAGCAGCUUGGACAGUUCUUCUGACACUCCACCUAUCUCCCUCCACCAUCCCUUUUUGCCUUUCUUCUCAUGUGAUCUAACUCCCUUGCAGAGCUCCAUACUUAUCCCAGAGAUGAGUUGCUCCCCAGUCCCCCUUUCUCCAGCCCAGAGCCCCCAGUUGGAGAUUCUCUCAUGGCCCCAAGUUGUCCAGGUGGUCCCCAACCUGCCAAGCCCUUCCAGCUCUUACAGCCCUAGAGUCAACUUGUCUUUGGAGGAUGGCACCGAUGAUGCCAAGGAUAGUGUAGGCUCAAUCUUACAGAGGAUCGCUUCCUUCUCCCAACAUGUCAUGGCUGGCACUACCCCAACAGUUGUGACCCAGCCCCCAACAGUCCAAAGCAAUGGUGGGUUGUCAUCCGUAGUUCGGUGUCCUGAUGAGAAAACACCCAUGCCCACAUGGAAACAUGACAAGAAUACACAGGAAGAAACUGCUAAAGAGCUGGAGAUGGACCCGCUCACCCCAAUGGAGGAGAGAGAGGAGAAGAAGAGAGGCAUGAUGGGAAAAGAGCAAGAAGAAGAGGGCAAGAGCCAAGGACAACCAGCCAGCAUGAAUACCCAGCAACCCAUGACAGAAAAACAAGACAACUGUGUGGGAAUUUGUACUGAGAUGGAGGAGAAGGGGAAGAAAAAAGGAAUGGAGGAAGGAGAGAUGAAAAAAGAGAUGGAAUUGAAGGUGGAGCUGUGUCAGUCUGUGCCAGGCCUGCAGAUGAGCAUUAUCCGGGACACUGACUUGUUUGGCUACGUGGGCAUUGAGGCUGUACUGGACCAGAUGAGGAGCAAGACAAUGAAGGCCGGCUUUGAGUUCAACAUCAUGGCGGUUGGUCAGAGUGGUUUGGGGAAGUCGACACUAGUCAACACUCUGUUCAAGUCCAAAGUCAGCCGGAAGUCUUGCACACCCAACUACGAAGAGAAGAUCCCCAAAACAGUCAAACUGCAUUCAGUCAGCCACAUGAUUGAGGAGAAGGGAGUGAAGAUGAAGCUGACAGUGAUCGACACUCCAGGAUUUGGAGACCAGAUCAACAACGAGAACUGCUGGGAGCCUAUAGUAACAUACAUCAACGAACAGUAUGAGAAAUACCUGAGAGAGGAGCUGCAUGUCAGCCGCAAGAGGAGAAUUCUCGACAGCAGAGUCCACUGCUGCAUCUACUUCCUCCCUCCCACUGGACACAGGUUACGUCCCAUUGAUGUUGAGUUCAUGAAGAGGUUGGGGAAGAUAGUGAGCAUUGUACCUGUCAUCGCCAAAGCCGACACACUCACCAUUGAGGAAAGACAGGAGUUCAAAGAGAGGAUAAGGCAAGACUUGGCAGCCAAUGGGAUUUGUGUUUACCCCCAGAAAGAAUAUGACGAGGAUCCAGAGGAACGCAUCCUCAAAGACAGGAUCAGGGAAAGCAUUCCCUUUGCUGUGGUGGGAACGGACAAGGAGCACCAGGUGAAUGGAAACAAGGUACUUGGCCGUAAAACAAAGUGGGGAAUCAUUGAAGUUGAAAAUGUGGCACACUGUGAGUUUGCCAACCUGAGAGAUCUACUCAUCAGGUCUCACCUGCAGGACCUGAAAGACGUCACACACAAUAUCCACUAUGAGACCUACCGCAUACAACGGCUUAACGAGAGCAACGUGAACUUCAGAGAACUGGGACUGUCCACCUGGCUACUGGAGAAUGGAACUGCUGACAAAUGUGAAUCAGAGAGCCACCUGUGAUCUCUCAAUCCUUCCUCCUGCACCACCUGAGGAAUGCCGAUGCUCCUCAUCCAAUCAGAAGGGGAUAAGAUGGCAAAAAGAGAGCUAUUUUUUUCCCCUCAUAAAAAUUAUUUUUAAGUUUGUUUUUCCUUUUUUUACAUUAAGGGACAAACUAGUGGAUUGUUUUUAAAUGAGACAUUCUAUUUGAGUUUUUACAUCAAUACAUGCAUAAAAAUAUGGAUAUUUGUGAAUGUGAGCUCAUAUGGGUGGAAUGGUGGAGUGUCCACAAACAUUUGGCAAUGCAGUGUGUCAUUAUUGCUUAGGUCAAAUGUGUUUAAGUGAUCCUACAGAGCUGCUGUUGCAUGAGGAAAAGUUUUGAAUUAAUGUUUUAAUAGAAACAACAAUGAACACCAAGCCAGAAACUAAAACUUCCAAUAUAAAAAUUUUAACCUGUUCACUAUUCAUUUUGACUGUAUCUGCUUAUAAAAGUACUCUUGUCCUCAAACCAUCCUACAUGCUGUGGAGAGGUGGAUGAUGUGCAUGUUUGGUCUGAGUUCAUUUUUAUGAAACGAUGGCUGCUUUUUGUAAUUCUGACCUGAGUUAAUGGCAGAUGUAACUGACUGUAGGGAAUAUAAACUAAAUGAUUAGACUUUACGAUUUUAGAGAACAUGCUGCAGAACACCAUGUGCACACAUACAUGGAUAAAAUUGAAGAUGAUGUUUAUGUGCUGAACGUUUUUGGCACACAAGUGGUAUUUUUAAGAGUGCAGUCCUCAUUUAAGUGCCAAAAUAAAAUAAAAAUGCUUAAUUUGUU